AGAAUCAUUAACAGUAACUGAAAAUCAUGGCAGAAGUAGCUCCAGCAGCCGCACCGGCUAAAGCCCCGGCUAAAGCGCCGAAGAAGAAGUCCGCAACCAAGGUUAAGAAAGAUGGACCCAGUCUACCCAAACUCAUCGUGGCCGCCGUGGCCGACUCCAAGGAGCGCAAGGGAGUUUCUCUGGCGGCGCUUAAAAAGGUCCUUGCCGGGAAAGGCGUUGAUGUGGCCAAGGCCAACAAGCGUAUCAACACCGCCGUUACCAAGCUUGUGACGAAGGGAACUCUUAGCCAAACUAAAGGGACCGGAGCAACCGGGUCCUUCAAGCUCGCUAAGAAGGAGCCCAAAGCUGCCAAACCCGCCAAGAAGGUGGUGAAGAAGAAGGCUCCCGCCAAGGCAAAGAAACCAGCCGCCAAGAAGGCCACAACACCCAAGAAACCCGCCGCUAAGAAAGCAGCAGCCAAAAAAUCUCCGAAGAAGGCAGCGGCCAAGAAAACCCCUAAAAAAGUGGUGAAGAGCCCCAAAAAGAGCCCUAAAAAGCCCGCCGCUAAGAAGCCAAAGGCUGCUAAGAAGCCUGCAGCCAAGAAAACGGGAGCCAAAAAACCCGCAGCGAAGAAGGCCAAGAAGUAAAGAACUUU